AAACCCCAGACCCCUUUCUGCAAACAUUUCACUGUUCUAACAAACAACUAAACAGAAUCGUACUUCGUAUCCUAUAAAGUAACAGUCAAAAAUCAGCAUCCGUUAUUCUCCAUUCUCCAUUUUUUCAAAAGCUCAAACAAAUGCUGUAACAAGUCAUGAAAACCCUAGCCCUAUCUCACCGGCCGGUUCCCACCGUCUCCGGCCAGCGCUCCUCCAUUUUUUCCGGUCACUCUGCCGCUUCAACAGCCACUUCCCUCUCUUUCUCCAGCUUCCCUGUAGCUGCUGCUUCCCGAGUUCGGAUUCUCAAAUGCUCCGCCGUUUCUCCUCCUCCUUCAUUAGAUGGUUUAGUUUGUGCAGUGGACAAUUCAGUGAAGUUCAAGGAAGCUGCCAAGCAUGGGAAUUUGAUCCCCCUUUACAGGUCUAUAUUCUCCGACCACUUAACUCCGGUCCUCGCUUACCGCUGUCUGGUGAAGGAAGAUGAUAGGGAAGCUCCAAGCUUCUUGUUCGAGUCUGUGGAGCCUGGUUUGAAAGUUUCUAAUGUUGGGCGAUAUAGUGUGAUUGGGGCUCAGCCGACAAUGGAAAUUGUUGCAAAAGAGAAUAUGGUGACAAUUAUGGAUCACCAAGAAGGAAGGAGGACAGAAGAAUUUGUGGAAGAUCCAAUGAUCGUUCCUCGUAGGAUUAUGGAAAGAUGGAAACCUCAAUGUAUAGAUGAGCUUCCGGAGGCAUUUUGUGGAGGUUGGGUUGGUUACUUCUCAUAUGAUACAGUGCGUUAUGUAGAGAAAAAGAAGCUACCUUUCUCAAAUGCUCCAGUGGAUGAUAGGAACCUUCCUGAUCUUCAUCUAGGUCUUUAUGAUGAUGUAAUUGUGUUUGAUCAUGUGGAAAAGAAAGCAUUUGUCAUACAUUGGGUGCGGUUAGAUCGGUUUGCUUCAGUAGAAGAGGCCUACAAUGAUGGUAUGACCAGAUUAGAAGCAUUGAUGUCUAGAGUACAUGACAUUGUUCCUCCUAGGUUGGCUUCAGGGUCGAUAAAACUUCAUACUAGCCUAUUUGGUACUUCAUUGAAAAAGUCGACCAUGACAAGCGAAGACUACCAGAAGGCUGUUUUAAAUGCCAAGGAGCAUAUCUUGGCCGGGGACAUUUUCCAAAUUGUUCUUAGCCAACGUUUUGAAAGACGAACAUUUGCAGAUCCAUUUGAAGUAUACAGAGCACUAAGAAUCGUAAAUCCAAGUCCUUAUAUGACUUAUCUACAGGCUAGGGGAUGUAUUCUUGUUGCUUCUAGUCCAGAAAUUCUUACUCGAGUUAAGAAGAAAACAGUUACUAAUCGACCCCUAGCAGGGACUAUUAGGAGAGGUAAGACACCUGAGGAAGAUUAUAUGUUGGAAAAUCAACUGUUGCACGAUGAGAAACAGUGUGCAGAGCACAUAAUGCUGGUCGACUUGGGAAGAAAUGAUGUUGGAAAGGUCUCAAAACCUGGUUCGGUGAAAGUUGAGAAACUAAUGAACGUUGAACGGUAUUCUCAUGUCAUGCACAUCAGCUCCACAGUUACUGGAGAGCUACUCGACCAUUUGAGUAGCUGGGAUGCUCUGCGUGCUGCUCUUCCUGUUGGAACCGUUAGUGGAGCACCUAAGGUGAAAGCCAUGGAGCUAAUUGAUCAGUUGGAAGUCACAAGACGUGGACCAUACAGCGGUGGGUUUGGAGGCAUUUCUUUUACUGGUGAAAUGGACAUUGCCUUAGCUCUGAGAACCAUUGUAUUUCCAACUGGAACACGUUAUGACACCAUGUACUCAUACAAAGAUGUCAAUAGGCGACGAGAUUGGAUUGCUCAUCUCCAAUCUGGGGCAGGUAUAGUGGCUGAUAGUGAUCCUGCUGAUGAGCAAAGGGAAUGUGAAAAUAAAGCUGCUGCUCUUGCCCGUGCCAUUGACCUUGCAGAGUCAUCAUUUGUUGACAAAGAAUAGAUGUUGUCCUAUUGUAGAAUUUUGUUUCAUCAAUUCCUUUGACACAGGAAAUUCUUUUUGUUUCUUGAUGAAUGCGGAAAAGUUUUGUUUUUCAAUUUUGAUAGUCUGUUUUGUUGGCAAGUGACUGAUAUCCCACCGAUGUCAAAAUUGCUGUAGUAUUGCCUUCACCAGCUAUGUUGGGGUGCCACAAAGAAUCCAAAAAUGGCCUUAUGAGUUGUAGUUUUCUGGUUUACGCAUUUUUGGUUAUGUAGUUGUACUGUUACAAUACCGUGUUCACAAUUAAGGUUUACAUAGUGCAAGUAUACAUCUCCA